AUUCAUGACAGUAGAAGGAAAAAAAAACGUUAACUGUAAAUAAAUCACUGACUCAGUAUUAGUGAAGUAAAAGAGUGAAGAUGCUGAAUUCAAAUGCUCAGCUUGACAUAACUUUGAUGUUUGUUAUUGCUGGAAUUAUUCUGACAACGGGCUCGCUUGCCGUGCAAGGAAAAGUAUGUGGCAGCAAAGACAUACGUAAUCGUAUAGAUGAAUUCGUCGAGCUAGAAAACUGUAGCACUAUAGAAGGAAAUCUUUCGAUUGUUUUUAUCGAUGAAGGGAUCUCGGGAUGGGAAGACUAUCAAGGGGGGUUCCCAGAUCUUGUCGAAAUUACUGGGGUACUGUUACUUUUUAGGGUUGAGGGUUUAAAAAGUAUAGGUCAGCUAUUUCCAAACUUGGCAAUUAUUGGUGGUGAAAGGUUAUUUGAAGGGUACGCAUUAGUUGUGUAUGAAAUGUUUGACCUCGAGGAUAUAGGACUCUCAGGUUUGAUCCUAAUUCGAAAUGGGGCAGUAAGAAUUGAGAAAAAUCCUCAGUUGUGUUAUCUUGAUACUGUAGACUGGGGAAGGAUUACCACAGGUGUCUCCCCUAGUGAAAACUUUUUUAAGGGAAAUAAUGAAUGUGCGGAUACCUGUCCGAGUGAUUGUGACACGACUGGAGGGGUUCGACGUUGCUGGAAUGCUUUAAGCUGUCAGAAAAUGUUGGCUUGCCCGUCGGGUUGCCCAACAGGAGUUUGCAAUGGUGAUAUAUGCUGUCAUCCUAACUGUGUCGGUGGGUGUUCUGGACCUUCGGCAGAUCAAUGCACGGCUUGCAAGGAUGUUAUACACACCAGUGACGACGGAGAAGAAACUUGCGUGCAGCAAUGUCCUACGGGAUUCUACAUGUAUCGUAGCCGAAGAUGCCUCACAGCUAGCGAAUGCUUGAACUUUAGUGACUAUAAACUGGACCGUGAAAAAUGUGACGCCCAAAUUCCAGACAGACCUUGUUUGAAGCUGGUCACAAUGUAUGAUGGCGAAGAAAAGAUACCAGUAUGCUAUGAAGGUUGUCCGGGCGGAUAUAAAACAGAUCCUGAUAACAGUACUCGCUGCAUUCAAUGUGAAGGAGGUCAAUGUCCAAAAGUUUGCAACGGCAAAAUAAUUGACAGCUUGCAUGCAGCCGAAAAUCUUAAAGACUGCAGAAUCAUCCACGGAUCACUCGUCAUCAAACUAAAAGAGUGCGUUGACGAGGAUAAACUAGAAAGCUAUCUCGGCCAGAUUGUUGAGGUCACUGGACACAUUGCCGUCAGUUAUUCAUACGCACUUCAUUCUCUGCGGUUUUUCAAUGGGUUGCGCAAAGUAGGGGGUGAAAAUCCAAUAAAUUACAAGUACUCUAUCCAUAUUUUCAACAACCCAAAUCUACAGGAGCUUAUCCCGGAACUAUCUCAUAAUUUCCUUGAAGUGAGCAAGGGGACCGUCCUGUUUAAGAACAAUGAGAAACUCAGCUACGAAAAAAUUACAGAUUUCGUGUCAAUGACUAAUCUAAACAUAGAAGAUACAGAAGUUUCCAAGGCAACAAAUGGCAACAGAUUAUCUUCCGCCGUUCUACAACUGAAUUUACAGGUGUUGAAAACGUCUCCUCAUGUAGCCUUCAUUACGUGGCCCAGAAUGCCUACACUGAAUAUACUUCAAUAUUCCGUUUUUUGGAAGAAAACAUCUGAAGAAUCCGUAACAGUUUUUGAUGAGGUGGAUGCUUGCACAAUAUUGGGCUGGCGAAGCAAAGACAUUGAGUGCUUAUAUGAACCACAAACAUGCAGCAAGGACGCGAUUAUACAAUAUAUUGGAGGUCUCAAACCAUGGACACGGUAUGCAGCCUAUAUUAGAGCGCAGACACCGACAACAGAGAGUGCUGUCAGUAAUGUAGUGUACUUCCUUACUGAUCCUGACGCCCCUACAGCUCCUUUGAACUUGGAAGUAAGAGCCACGGAGCCUGGAACGCUUCGUCUAACCUGGGACCCACCUUCCAUUCCAAACGGAAACGUUACCAGUUACAGAAUUAAGUGGAAUCAUAUGAACUACAAUGUUGAAAAAUAUCGCCAAAGAGACUACUGCUCAUUGCCUUUGUCUGGAAUCGACGAUAAAUCAACUGAUGUUCCAUUAGCCGAAUGUUGCCCUUGCCCCACGAAGACUCAACAGCAUAUCAUCAAUGAAAUGCUGGCAGAAAGGAAAGCUAAUCUCGAUAUGGUAUUUCAAGAUAUGCUUCAAAACAGAGUCUAUAUUAAAAGGAUGUAUAGAAACAAAGACCGACGGUCCGCAGAAAACUCAGACAUCGACAGUGGGGAAAAUCCAAUCAAUUUUGCUCAUGUGUAUAAUACAGAAGAAUUUAUUGUAACCAACUUAGGAAAUUAUCAGAAGUACAGUUUCGAGGUUCAGGCUUGUCAUACUAAAUAUCAAGACCGAGACACGAUGUGUAGCGGAAAUGCGAUUGAAUGGGGAACGACAUUGCCAAAUAAGCAAUCAGACCUUGUGGAUGAAAGCACUGUCAGAACAGAAGAAGUGAAAAAUGGCAUUCGACUGGAAUGGACUGAACCGGCUCAUCCGAAUGGUAUCAUCCUCAAUUACGACAUUGAAAACAUGCGAAACGACCCACAUAAUCCAUAUGGAAACAUGCAGCCUGUGUUAAUCUGCCUUCUAAACAAUGGCACUGGUAGAAGUAAUUUCACAUUGUACAAACUGACACCUGGUAAAUACCAGUUCCGGAUCCGAGCAACGUCACUGGCAGGAACAGGACCGUGGACACAGUAUCUAUACUACACUGUGUCACAGCGUUCAACAGCAGGGAGUAUAACAGUAAAUGAAGACGUGUUUGUUAAGGCCACACCAGACAGCACCAAAGUUGUUGUUUCACUCAACUGUACUGGUAGUGUCGCCGGUCUGAGUUACUACAUAAUUAACAGAAUCAACUGGGACUUUGUCGACAAAAACGGCACCAGUCAUGGAGUUACAAAAGCUUUCUACCACGACUCUGAAUCUGACUUCGCCGAAAGAAUUUUUAGUACCGGACACGCAAAGCUUCAAUAUACCCGACUGAAGGGAUAUUUCUAUAGCUUUCAGCUUAAAUUUUAUGGGAUAACUCAAGAAGACGCUGGAAUCUAUCGCUGCACGCACCUGGAUAGAUAUGGAAACACCAUCGAUUCCAAGAAUGUCAGCCUUACUGUUGUCAGCUAUGAAUGCUACCACUGGACUGACGAAGACCUAUGGGUAAUGGGCAGAUUUCGUACACCUAUGAAGGAGAAAGCUCGGUGCGAGGAAGACCUGGGUUAUGUAUUUACGCAAGGGAAGAACGAAGAUUUCGCGGGCUGUAAAACUUGCUGGUGCUGUAAACCAGUAAGCACAUAAAUUUCACAGGUUUUAUGGAGUGUGUACUAGUGAAAUAACAUUCUCAAUGCGGCUGUUUACAUGUGUUUGACAUAUUAAUUCAUGUUUAAACACGUUUGCAAACUAGUCACAUGUAAAUGUACAAAGUUUUCUCAUUGCUACCUACAGGACUCCUUAAAAUUUAUUCUUGUUUUAGCAGCGUAGGAAAUGUUUCGAUUGGCAUACAUAAAGUCCGAUGCUUUGGAAGUAGCUGCACAAGCUACUUAUGUUUCAUGGUCGGGCUAGAUGUUUGAUGGUUAUGUUCGUCAAUGUUUGUAAAGACAUAUAGUAAAUGCACUGUAAUAACCAAUAAAUGAUAUCUUAUUGCA